CGCGGCCCCGGUGCUUUGCGACAGGUUCCCGGUGGCGGGGCCCGGUGGGUGCGAUGGACGUGGGGGAGCUGCUCAGCUACCAGCCCAACAGAGGGACAAAAAGACCCCGUGAUGAAGAGGAGGAGGAAAUCAAAGCACGUCGGAAACAAGCCAGUGCCCGAGAGCAUGGCCGUCACAGGGAAGAGGAGUCUGCUGCCCUGGAAGAAACUGAUGAUGAGAAGAAGAAACUCCUUCAGAUAAUUGAGAGGGAUGGAGAAGAGGAAGAUGAGGAAGAGGAACCUUUGGAUGAAAGCUCAGUGAAGAAGAUGAUUCUCACCUUUGAGAAGAGAUCCUACAAAAACCAGGAGCUGCGGAUCAAGUUUCCCGAUAAUCCAGAGAAGUUUAUGGAGUCAGAGCUGGAUUUAAAUGACAUCAUUCAGGAAAUGCACGUGAUCGCGACGAUGCCCGGCCUGUAUCACCUGCUGGUGGAGCUGAACGCUGUGCAGUCUCUGCUUGGGCUGCUGGGACAUGACAACACAGAUGUUUCCAUAGCUGUGGUUGACUUGCUGCAAGAGCUGACUGAUAUUGAUACUCUCCAUGAGAGUGAAGAAGGAGCUGAAGUCCUCAUAGAUGCUCUUGUGGAGGGCCAGGUUGUGGCCUUGUUGGUCCAGAAUUUAGAGCGCCUGGAUGAAAGUGUGAAGGAGGAGGCUGAUGGUGUCCACAACACCCUGGGAAUCGUGGAGAACAUGGCAGAGUUCAGGCCGGAGAUGUGCACGGAGGCUGCACAGCAGGGCCUCAUGCAGUGGCUGCUCAAGAGGCUGAAGGCUAAGAUGCCUUUUGAUGCCAACAAGCUGUACUGCAGUGAGGUGCUGGCGAUUCUGCUCCAGAAUAAUGAUGACAACAGAGAAUUGCUUGGGGAGCUGGAUGGGAUCGAUGUGCUGCUUCAGCAGUUAUCUGUGUUUAAACGACACAAUCCAAGCACAGCAGAGGAACAGGAAAUGAUGGAGAACCUGUUUGACUCCCUCUGCUCCUGCCUCAUGCUCAGCUCCAACCGUGAUCGCUUCCUGAAGGGUGAGGGUCUGCAGCUGAUGAACCUGAUGCUCAGAGAGAAGAAGAUUUCCCGCAGCAGUGCCCUGAAGGUGCUGGACCACGCCAUGAUCGGACCAGAGGGCACUGACAACUGUCACAAGUUUGUGGACAUCCUUGGGCUGAGAACCAUCUUCCCUCUCUUCAUGAAAUCACCCAAAAAGAUAAAGAAGGUUGGAACAACUGAAAAAGAACACGAAGAACAUGUCUGUUCCAUCUUGGCUUCCCUUCUGCGAAACCUGAGAGGGCAGCAGAGGACACGGUUACUGAAUAAAUUCACAGAGAAUGACAGUGAGAAGGUUGAUAGGCUGAUGGAACUGUAUUUUAAGUACCUGGAUGCAAUGCAGGCAGCUGAUAAGAAGAUUGAUGGGGAGAAACACGACAUGGUGCGUCGAGGAGAGAUCAUAGACGAUGACAUGGAAGAUGAAUUCUAUCUCCGUCGUCUGGAUGCUGGGCUCUUUGUGCUGCAGCUCAUCUGUUACAUCAUGGCAGAGAUCUGUAAUGCCAAUGUUCCCCAGAUUCGUCAGAGAGUCCACCAGAUCCUGAACAUGAGAGGCAGCUCCAUUAAAAUUGUUCGACACAUCCUGAAGGAGUACGCGGAGAACAUCGGGGACGGGAAGAACCAGGAGUUCAGGGAGAGCGAGCAGAAACGGAUCCUGGAUCUGCUGGAGAAUUUCUGAGACACCUCUGUGUCUGCCCACAAGGACCUGGCGCCAUCCUCCCUCCUCCUGCCCCUCCUCCAGCCUCUCUUGCACGAUCAAAGUGAUGUUUCUAUGAAACUGCUUCUAAAUGGGAUUUGGGAGAUAUUAAAGAUAGUUUGCUUUUUUUUUUUUAGUUGCUGGUUUGUUAUUUGAGCAGUGUUCUGUGAAUGGGGCUGCAGCUGCAUAUCCAGCACAAAGCCAGCAUGAGGUUCUCAUCUUUUUUAUCUUUUCCCCCCUAAAUCAAGCUGCCAAGGAUCCGUGUGAAACAAUACAAAUGUAUGUGUGGCAGGGAGGGCAGAGAGGAAGCCUGCCUGGCUCGAGAGACUGUUGGCAGGUUAUUCCAGCCUGAUCCAUUAAUGAAAAUGUACAACCCUUGCUCUGAUGGGAACCAGGGAGGCUGAGGUGGUGGUGUGUGUCCAGUUCAUCCCUUCUUCAGUGGCACUGAGAUCCAGGAAUUGGCCACAUCAGCCAUUCCUGUUACAUCUUCCCAAAGGUGAGUGGGAAUUGAAAUUAGGUUCUGGCACAGGCUGGUCACUGUUCCCUCCUGCAGAGGGAAAAGAGAGAAUGAGUCCAUUGUGGUUUUACCCAGAACUAAGAGUGAGGGGAGGUAAGCAGUGACAUGCCCACAUUCCAUUGCCUUGCUUUCACUGACAAUUUUUGGUCUUGGCUGUGCUUGUUCAGUAGAAAAGCGGUGUUGUGGUUCCUGGACCUGGAGCUUGGCUCUUGGAGCAGCAGCAAGUCCCUGAGAGCAGAGGGAUGGCCCUGCCUGCCCCAGGGAAAGGGGCCACAGCUCAUUCUCAUCAGCCACAGUGUGGUUUUGGGUGUCAUUGUGCCAAACUCAGUGCUUCCCUGAGCCGGGACUCCCAGCUGGGAUGGGAAGUAGCAGAGGAUAUUUUCCUGCAUCCUCUUUUCUGCUGCUGAAGUUAAUGACUGUCAUCACAAGCCAUCGUGGCUCCUGCAAGCUGGGCCGUGCCUAAUUUAGAGAGAUUUGCAUGCUGGCAGCAUUCAUUUUUUAUCUCCAAGAAAAAUGCAUUGUCAGGCAAGCUUAAAGGCUUCCUUCAAUCCUCACUGCACAGGCACUGCUGGCCUGGUGCUAUUGAACACUGGUGU